AUGACUGACCUCGGCGAACAGGACUGGGUCAUAAUUGGCACAAUGGCGCUUUCGUUAGCAGGCAUGGGUGUCACCCUUGGCCAAGUCGCAUACGGCGCGGGUAGACACGCGGCCUAUCUUGAACCCCCUACCAUAGAGAUGGGACUCAAGCUCAACUUUGUUGGUCAAGUCUUCUUUCUUUGGGCACCUUGCAUGGUCAAGGUAUCGAUCGGCCUUUUCCUGCUUCGUGUCACACCAGAUAGUAUCCACCGCAAAAUCCUCCACGGCGCCAUGUCUUUCAUCCUCGCGUGGACACUUGCGUGUUUCUUUACUAUCUUGCUUCAAUGCGACGAUAUCAGAGUAAUCUGGGACGACUCGGUCCAGACAGUCUGCUGGUCUGUAGAGGUAAUACAUGCUCUGGGGUGGGCUAGCGCUGUGGUCUCGAUCACCAGCGACAUAUUCUUUGCCACCCUACCGAUAGCAAUACUGUGGAAGUUGCAGAUCAACGCAAGGAGAAAGAUGUCGUUGGUCGCAUUGAUGGGCUUGGGAAUUUUCGCUUCCGGCGCAGCAAUCAUCAAAACCGUAUAUAUCGAGAAUUAUAGCAGCAACACUGACAACCUGUGGAACGCAACGGAGUUGACCAUAUGGACUACUGUUGAGCUUAAUAUCGGUAUCAUCGCUGCAUCCCUGCCAUGUUUGAGGCCAUUUUUCAAGGGUUUGUCAAACGCCAACACAAACAUGACUACGGCUCAAGAAUACGCAAUGCAUCCUUACGCGAAAACAUUCGAUCAGGAUCGCGGCUCACGCUACCUUCAAUCUCAUACGACAACGCAUAUCACGGGCGGAGGUCUGCGGCUAGAAGAUACGAGUUCCAGCCAGGAGAGAAUUGUCUCUCCUGAUCAGAAGAGGGGAUCUGGGAUUCGCAAGGUGACCGAGUAUUCGGUGAGCUCGGGGCAGGGAGCUGGGGAGAAUGCGACAGAGCCAGUGAAUUUCAAUGCAGAGGAGAACAAGAAGUUCGGUAUUGCUCUUUAA